AUGAACUCUUGUCAAGCCCCCUGUCCUACAGACGUGAAACAAUACAACGACCACACGAACGGUGUCGACCGAGCAGACCAGAUCAGGAGAGAGCUUAUCACCUACCGUACCAGCAAGAAGUGGUGGCACUAUCUCUUCUGGUUUACCUUUGACGUCGCCGUCGCCAACGCCUUCGUCCUCAUGAGAGACUCGCAAUCCCACCGACAGAUGACAAAGUCACACAGAACCAAGCCCAGAACCAUGCUACAGUUUCGUAUCGCCCUAUCCAAACAACUGAUCGGCCAGUUCCAGGGCAUGAGAAAGAGGAAGAGAAUAUCUAACAAGGAUGGAGCAGGGACGUCCCACUGGCCCUCAAUGUCUGAGAAGAGGGGACGAUGCCGUCAGUGCUCCAAGGCUGGCAAACGACGAGAGGUCAAAUGCAGACGUUCAAGCUGUGAAGUGUUUUUUGUGUGUUGACUGUUUUGAGGCUUACCAUAAGGACUUGUUUCAAGGACGAUAAUAGUUUAUGCUCUAGUUCUGUACGCAAAGUAUAAAUGAUACUGAAUAAUAUUUCUAUUCAGUUGCAUUUCGAUCGUUAUUGUUUUACUUAUCUAAAUACUAAGAAAUGCAUGUUCAAUAUCUGAGAACAAAUAUACUCGCCAAAGAGUCAAUCCACUCCCA